AUGAGCCAACCGAAAAAGUCUUAUUCGCACAUCGAAGGUCGGAUCUUUCUUGGUAACCUGCCUACAGACAUCGAUGAAGACUUGCUGAGAGAUUUCUUCAAAACCAGCGGGGAAAUCAAGUAUAUCGAUGUCAAGAAGGGGAAAGCGGGCCGUCCAGGAUAUGGGUUCAUGGAGUUUGUCAAACUUGAAGAUGCCGAAAAAGCUGUAAAGACGCGCAACGGCUUUCCAAUCUGUGAUAAAUUUAUUCGGGUUGAGUUCUCGACAAGUGGUGGACCACGUGGUCCUGGUGGCAUGGUUCUCCGUGAAGGAGAAAUCAGUGAAGAAUACAGUGUUGCACGUGGUCGUGGAGGUCCGCAGUUAAGAUCCGUUCAUCGCGUUUACGUCGACAAUUGCCCACCGUCUACUACCUGGCAAGAUAUAAAAGAUCUUUUCCGUGGAAAAAAUGAUCCUACUGGCAUAGAAGUCUGUUUCUCCGCUAUCAAUCCAAUUCAACGAAGAGCUUUUGUUGAAUUUCGUUUGAAAGAAGAUGUAGCCAAGGCAAUACGCCUCUUCCACAACAAGCCUUACAUAAACUAUCGGAACGAGGAAAGCGUAUUAUCAAUUUAUGAAGAUCCAGGCAAUGCAGCCUUAAACAAAGAAAACAACGUUCCAACCAUCAGGAUAUCAUCAGAAAACGAGAAGACAUCAGAAAAAACUGGUCCGAACCCAGAUGCAAUUUCUUCGGAAGCAAGUCCAUCGUCUUCUACUAGCGGGCGUUCAACAUCUUCAUCACCAGCGUACUCUUCCGAUUCCGAUAAUGAUGAUACUCUAGCUGCAUCUCCCUCAAAAUCUCAAGAAAUUCCGGAACACAGACCGACUAUUUCAUCCGCCACGUCUAUACCGGAAGCACCGGAGCCCCUACCGCGAAGCUCAAAACGUUCUCGAACGCUAUCGACACCUGCAGUUCCGACUGUGCUGAAUCAAGGACCUCCAAAAGCCAAAAGACCCGCUCCGGACCAUUCAGGCUUAUCUGCAACAACCAACGAGUCUCCAAACGAAGAAUCCACACCUUCAAAUGCAGCAGUACCUGAGGAAACAGAGUCAACAGAUGAUGAGGAGUAUUAUGAGUUUUCCAUACCACUAGAUGUGUUUGAUGAGGAAAACUUGCUGUUCAGAUUCUGCUAG